CCAAAAGUAUAAUUUAGUAUUUGUCAGCUUCUUAACUGUUUCUUUCUUUCUUUUUUUUCUUAAAGUGAAAUAUGUAGAAUUUUUAAAAUGAAUGAUUUUUGUUUUUCCAAAAUGCACACUGUCUUUAUUGGGGUGGGGGGGUACGAAGGCAGACAUGCUGUCUCCAGAAACACUUGAAGUUUUCGUAUCACCCAUUUUCCUCUCCUUCCAACUCCUGGAAAAUGGCUAUAUGUUCCCAGCUAAGGAAGCUGAGGAAUAAAGGAAGAAUUUGGAUGACAUUCUUGGUACUUUGAGCACUCCUGCAGUGUCAUAAAGUAAGGCUACUCUCCAUAUGAGAUAGCAGACUAAACUCAAUGACAUGAAAUCCAUUUUCUCACUUCAUAAAUAUGUCCUGUCUUGGAUUGCUUGCUACUCCUAAAUUUGCUCACUCAGUUGUGACUUCAUUCAAAAAGAUGCCUUUAUCCCUGAUCUUCUCAGUGGUGCAUCUAGAUUUGGAAAAUUUUCUCAGCUAUUGACAUAUUUGAUGCUGUGAUUUCAAAAUUCAUUGGUUAAUGCUUUAAUAGAGGAAUAAGACAGAUUGAGAAAGCAGGUAUUUAACUUUAAAAUAUAUGCUGUAAAGUGUAGGUAAUAGUUGGUACCCCACCCCCUACUUCCCUGAUAUUUCUAUUGUUCAUGUAGUUUGUUAGGUAGUUAAUGGCACUUCUUACAACUUGAAUUUCCUGUGUUCUGCUGUGUUGGAUUUCCUAUGAAUAAAGCAAACAAAAAUCUCCUGGGCAUAAAAGAAAGCUCUUCCUCUUUAAAUAGCAGACAGAAAAUGUGGGGCUUUUUCCCUUGGAUUUGUAUUUCCAUGUGUAAUUACUAAAUUUGUCUGUAGGAGAAAGGAAUCCAGAUUUUUCUGUUACCUUCUUAAAGACACAUGCAGAUUGCCACACAGUGCACGUGGCACUUAUCUACGGCCGGGGCUUACAGUUUUGUGAGAAUUAGGUGAGCAUAUGGCCACUUCUUUUGCUGAAUGCCAGUCCCAGAGCAAUUGCUUCAGCUGGAGAAGCGGGAGGAGGAGCCUCUUUUGCUCACUGCAGCGAGUCCCCUUCUUUCUCUGGGCUGUGUAUAUUGGUUCUUCCAGCUCCAAGCCGCUCCUCAGUGUGGAAUAGGCAGGGUGUGCUCGCAGACCGUGGUGUAGCUGCAGUUUCUAUUUGGGGUGCCCACGGAAAGGAACACCAGGAAAGAAAGCCAGUGCCAUGGGCCAGCUUUGCUGCUUUCCUUUCUCAAGAGACGAGGGGAAAAUCUGUGAGUUGGAAAGCUCAUCCCCUGCAGUCCUACAGAAAUACAGCGAGGAUAUAUCCACCUGGCCAAGUGGUGAAAAGGACGGAGGGGAGCCGGAUGAUGCUGAACUGGUAAGGCUCAGUAAGAGGCUGGUGGAGAACGCGGUGCUCAAGGCUGUGCAGCAGUAUCUGGAAGAGACACAGAACAAAAAGCAGCUCGGGGAAGGGAGCUCUGUGAAAAUCGAAGAGGCUGAGCGGAAUGGCAAUGACAGUGAUAACAACAGGAAAUGAGACCCCAGCAGAUUCCUGCUGCUCUGUGAAAAGCAUCCUGCUCCCCUCUGCCAAGGCUCCGGACUGACUUGCAAUGUGCUUUUUAAGCAUCUCUUAUCCAAUCCAUGGAGGUUGCCCAAAGCUUUCAUGAUAGAUGCCUUUGCAUUUCUGAAACAACAGAAGAGAAAUGGAAUGCUGGCACUAGCAGGGGAAAUUAAUUUCUGGAAGAAAGAUGGCCCAAGUUUCACUUGCCCUCAGCCAGGCACAAGGGAGGGGGGACUUUGGAUCACGCCUCCUGGACUUAGAAGCUGCAGGAGAGGUCUUGCCAUAAAUGGAACACUGCCAUUUAUAUUGUGUAGGACAUUUGACUAAUUUAUCUGAGGCCAAAACUCACACACAGCUAUCAAGUGCUAAAUUUAAAUUCAUCACUGUUGAGAUUAUCAUCUGUGUAGUUAAUCCAUAAUGUUUUAUGUUGUUCUCAGUGUGCUGUCAUUGGGUAGUGAUCUUUCUUUACAGUAAAUUAUGUUUCAUGUAAAUGAUAUAUUUUCGGCAAAUGAAACCUUUUCUAUAAAAUGUGGGCAACAUUUCAAAGGGUUUUUAACCUUAUUUUGAUAAGUCAAUAUGCCAUAUUUAAUGUAUUUCAUUGACAUUUGUACUUUAAAUGUAUUAUAUAAUUUUUUUUCCCUUAGGCAAGAAACCUGUUGGAAUUCAAGACUUAAUUAAUGAAGCUUUACAUCGAGAAAGGAUGGGUCUCAAGGCCAAGGUGCAACAGAUAAAGAAACUUUUAUUAAAGCCUGAGACUCAGGCCAAAAUUAGGAGGGAGCUUUUUGAA